GAGAAGCAACUUCUCGAACAGGCAGAAGAGAAGAAGAAACUACAGCUCAAACUCAGCACGAGUUGUUCGAUAAUGCUGGCACAAAUCCAGUAUUUAAAAACGGUAAAGAAAUCUGGGGGCUCCGUUGGUGCUUGGAUGAAGAACACUGGUGACAGUUCAGAAAACAUCUAUUACUUUACUUAUUACAGCAAGGACAUGCUCCUGGAAUUUGCCAACAUUGAUGACUUCACCAGCUUGGAUUUUCUGCAAAGAGCAGAAUCUAUAACACUGCCAUUCUCUUGGCAAGGAACUGGCCUCCAAGUCUACAAGAAUGAGGUGUUUUUCCAUAAGAAUGGCACAAUAAAUGAAAUUGUUAGAUACAACAUCCAGAAAAAACAUUACGCAGUCUAUGCAUCUCAAGGGUGCUGGGCUUAAUCCACCCUACCAGCUUUCACCAUAUACAAAAAUUGAUCUCGCCAUAGAUGAGCAGGGUCUUUGGGCCAUUCACGGUGAACUUGGA